UGUUCCAGCAGCACCAGCUGCUCCGGGCUGCGCUGCCCUGCCCGGCUCCGCUCCGCGCCCCGCCGGCCUCCUCCGCCAACUUCGGCACCGCCGCUCCCUCACCUACCGGCCCCCGGAGCCGGGAAGGGGCAGAAGGAAUCGAGGGGAGGCGGGGGAGGAACAACGGAAAAAAAAAAAAAAAUAAAAAAAAAGGCACCGACAAUAACAGCCCCCCUCCCCCUCCCCCUCCCCAUUCAAAACCACAAAAUAAACCCCAGGGAUAGAUGAACUACAAAUGAGAAAGAGGAAAAGAUGGAACUGCACAUCCUAGAGCACAGGCUCAGAGUGGCCAGCAUAGCCAAGGAGAGCAUCCAGUUGUUUACCUAUGGAUUAAUCAAACUUGCUUUCCUGUCCUCCAAGACGAGGUGCAAGUUCUUCAGCCUCACGGAAACCCCCGAGGACUACACCAUCAUUGUGGAUGAAGAGGGCUUCCUAGAGCUUCCUUCCUCAGAGCACUUGAGUGUGGCUGAUGCGACAUGGCUUGCCCUCAACGUGGUGUCUGGUGGAGGUGGCUUCUCCAGCUCUCAGCCCAUUGGAGUGACCAAAAUUGCCAAGUCAGUAAUAGCACCACUAGCUGACCAAAACAUCUCAGUGUUUAUGCUCUCCACCUAUCAGACGGACUUCAUCCUGGUGCGUGAGCGAGACCUGCCCUUCGUGAUGCACACGCUGGCUGCCGAGUUCACCAUCCUCAGAGUAGUGAAUGGGGAGACAGUGGCUGCUGAUGACUUUGGGAUAACAAAUGGAUUUGUCAAACCAAAACUAGUUCAGAGGCCUGUCAUUCAUCCCCUUUCCAGUCCGAGUAAUAUGUUCUGCGUCACCAGCCUGGAUCCAGAUACCCUUCCUACUGUUGCUACACUCCUGAUGGAUGUCAUGUUUUACUCCAAUGGAGUAAAAGACUCGGUGGUGGGCAAUGAAGACUCGGGACAUAUUCGGUUUUUUUCCUUUUCUCUCAUCGAGGGUUAUAUCUCCUUGGUCAUGGAUGUGCAGACACAGCAGAGAUUUCCUAAUAAUUUGUUGUUUACAAGUGCUUCUGGCGAGCUGUGGAAGAUGGUGCGGAUUGGUGGGCAGCCCCUUGGCUUCGAUGAAUGUGGAAUUGUUGCUCAGAUUUCUGAGCCUUUGGCUGCAGCCGACAUCCCAGCCUACUACAUCAGUACUUUUAAGUUUGAUCAUGCAUUGGACCCCCUCAAAAAGGAGGAAUUUCCCUGGAAAGGGAAAAUUGCUGUGCCUGUAGCCAGAAGCAGAAUUACAUUGUCUUGGAGCCCAUUUCCCUGGUCCUGAGGAAGAGAGUCAGUAGCCCAUGUGCUAACAAAGCUACAAAACUCAGCUGCGUUGUGCUAUUCAGUUGUGGUUUUUGUUUUUUUUUUUAAAUGUGCCCUUUUUUGCAUUAUACUUCUUCUUUCAUCACUGCAAAUUCACUGCUUAGGCUCUUCCUUUGACCUGUGAAAGCUCCAGUGAGUUCAAAGAAGGUUUUGAGGGGGGUGGGGGAGAGCUUUAAUUUCACGAUUGGUAUGAACCAUUAGCAGAUGAUAGGUCAUGUGUGUAAAGAGUAAAAGUAAAUAUUAUUUCAGAUAGCAAAGGUCAAAGUGUUGUAUAUGUUUGUCUUAUUUUCUUGAAUUUUAACUGUGCUGAUAAGUUAAUGAAACACCAUUUAACAAUCAAUACUGUUAGCUUUGCCUCACAUUCCUGCCAUUGUGUGGCCUCAAGUGCCCACUUUCUGUGCAGAGCACAAGGUGUAGAGUGCUUCUAGGUGUCAAGCCAUGUCUGGAGAGCUCAGCCCUGUCAGCUGAAAACUUGUGCCAUACAGUUGUGAUGACUCUGCAGGCAGCUCCACCCCGUUGGAGAAUUUCAUCCUGUUGCCGCCAGCCCCACAGGAGGGGCUGAUCUUGCCUCCCAUCAGCUGGCAGGGCAUUCUGGGGCCAUGCACUGAGGUCUGCAGAUCUUCCUUACUCAAAGCAGUAUUUAAGUGUUUUUCUUUGCUACUUGACGUUUUUUUUCUCUAUGAUUUGAAAGCCUUUUCACCUGGACAGUGCUUUUCUAGCUGUCAAACCCCUCUAUCCUUUGGAAGGUGCAUUUCAAGCCCUCCUCUGCCUGACUUUGCUCUGGGCACACUGGCUGGGUUUAGUGCAUUUUGGUUCUAGGGUGUUUGUGUUGGCCGAGACCCUGACCUAGAUUUUGUCAUGUUUUCCCUAACUUUGCUACACAGAUACCAUGACUUCUAGUGACAUUUCUAACAAGGUCUAAGUACAUCUUGAACCCUUUGUCUAAAUCCUCCCUAUCUUUAUUUGAGGUACUGACCUGUUGUCAACAAUUUGGAGCACUUUAUAAAAGCUUGUUGUUCCCUUUGUUCUGGGUUUUUUUUCCCUACUCUGCAUCUUAAGGUGGUUUUUGUUGCUGGGGCGUUAAUACUGAGGUCUUCCUGCGAUGCUAUCACUGUACAUGUUUGCCCUGGAAAUCAGGACUUAUGCUUGAGAGGAAAUCAAGAGAGACAGUGUUGGAGAUAGGAACCUCCAGGCCUGUGGCCUGUCCCCUGGGUGAUGAAAGGUCUGGCAGGUGAGAGCCACAGUUUCCAGCUCCCUCUAGAGAGAGCAAGGGAGAAGAGUCCCCUUUCCAUGUGCUCUGCUCUUGGCUGCCUCAUGCUCACAGAUGUCUUGCUCUCCUUCACCAGCAUUUUCCUUCUGAAGAGGCUGAAGCUGUGUCUGGGAUGUAGUUUGGACCUUCACUUCUCCCUUGAUGGCUGGUGCUUUGAUCUGUGCACUGCCUGAGAAGUGAACACAGUGCACCAGCUGUCCUGGGACAGGGAUCAUUUCCAAGGGCGGGGAGAGGUAGAACUCCUCCUCUGUUACCAAAAACAGGAUGGGUCCUGCAAAGGUCCCAUCUGUCCUGGAGAAAAUCCGGCCCAAAGCUUUGUGGGGUGAUUGAUACCAUUUCCAUGCCCUUAGAGGAGUCAGGCAUUUUUCGGGGAGUGAAGAACCAGCCCAGUGUGUUUCAGGCAGUAGAUGGGUCUGUGCAGGUCAAAGUCAGUUGACCAGAACUGGCCAGUGCUGCUUUCUCCUGCUUCUGUCCACUGCUAACAGAGCAUACGGAGAAAGCUGUACUGCUGAGCAUCACUGGGGCUGACGGGGAGAGUGUGGUUUGAAAAAUUGACUCCUAUGCCUUUUCUCAUUAUCUUCUGGAGAGGCAAGGAGUCAAACAGCUUCUUCCACUGCAGUGUUCAGUGUACUGGGAAAAGUUAUGCAAGGGAAGUAAUGGAAAGUCCUAUUCCCAGUGGCUGAAGGCAUGCUGGGGUUUUCUUCCUAACCCAGAAGAGUUCUCUGUAUGCUUGUUUUAAGAUUAUUUUCUUCUUUUCCAAGAUGGCUUUUGUUCACACAUCAUCAGAAUUAUUCCAUCUUCCCAUUGGAAAAUUAAACAUUUUUCUUGUUAUUUCUCAUGAGUUUUUUCCUCAGUUUUGUUAAAAGCCUUGAUGAAAGUCACAGUCCAGUUGUAUUCCUACUGUCUGAGCUCUGGAAAGUGUCAGUGAAUCCAGGUAUUGUGCUCCAGGCCUCCUCCUCUUGCAGAGGAGACAGUCCUUCUUUAACUUACUUAACGUGAAUUAUUUUGGCUUCUUGCAGCAGCUCACACACAGUUUGUUUUUCCUUCUGUCCUCUUUCCACUUUCCAAGAGCUGCCUGUUCCCUGAGCAGUGUCUUGGAGUUUUAUGUAAUGGUCUGAUGCCCCUUUUGUGUCUGAUGUGACUUUACUUGUGAUGUUCUUUUCUACUGAUGACAGUUGUUCUGAGAUCUUUUGCAUCUUCUGUUACUAGAGAUUUUUCUUGCAGUAAGUGUGAAAAGAUAGCCACUAAUAAUUUUGUAUAUGGAUUUCUGUGGUUAAGUCUCCUCACGAGACUGGAUAAGAAAGCGUAGAUGCUGCACCACACCAUCUGGGAACCCUACCACAAGCAGACUAGUGGUUCUCUUCUUUGUCACCCAGCAUGGUCUUCCCAGCUUAUUGGUCUCAAACCUGUAGGAUGCCCCUGAAAACCCCAUGGAGCCCCAAGGCAGGCCCAUAAAUCAAUCAGCACAGGCACCUUGCAUGAGCGAGCUCCUGGUGUACAAGGCCUUCACCAACAAAAGGAAGGGAAAGGAGGGGAGAGGAAGAGGAGAGAGAAGAGAAAGAGAAACCUCAAAAUAGUGGCCCUGCCAUGAGUACCCACCACAUGACAGCAAACCAGCCGGCUCUCACUUAGCAAGGGGAUAACUUAACUCCAGGGAUACCAUGGGCUAAUGGGUGUGUCCUUGCGCAUGGAGUCUUUUCUCAGUGGAGUUCAGGUGUCCAACAGCAAAGUACCUGCCUCCUUGGGACUCGUCUGGCUUUGUCUCCUGCCUCUUUUCCAUGUCAUCAAAUUUGCUGGAGGUCAUGACCUUUCUUUUUGUUU